UAGCACCACCAGAACACAGCUAGUAUUCCACCAUCUCAUUUAGUUCCAAGAAGAGAAAAACAAAAGAAACAAACUUCGCUAUAUGUUAGCGCGCAGUAGGCAGAGGAAGAGGUGAAGAAGGAGAUGGAGGUCGAUAACAAGUUCGUGGCAUUGAAAGAGUACGUGCAUGGCCAGCCAUCAGAGUCCAACUUUGAGGUCAAGACUGCUCCCCUUGCCUUAACUCUCAAAAAAGGAUCAAACCAAAUUAUUGUCAAGAACUUUUAUGUCUCCAUUGAUCCCUAUCAAAUCAAUCGCAUCAAGGCCUACAGUUCUUCUCACAAGGCUAGCGGCUUCUCCACCCAAAUUGGUCUAGGAGAGAGAGUGGAUGCUUUCGGAGUUGGAAGCGUUGUAGCUUCAGUGAACGAGGAGUUCAAAGAGGGUGAUUUGGUUGCAGGGUUGCUGAAUUGGGAGGAGUACACUGUUGUUCAACCUAGAACCAUAUUGAAUAAGAUCACUGAUGAGUUCGCUUUGUCUUACCAUGUUGGUGUUCUAGGGCCAAGUGGACUCGCAGCUUAUGCUGGUUUUUAUGAAGUAUGCAAACCAAAGAAUGGGAACACAGUUUUUGUAUCUGCAGCAUCUGGAUCAGUUGGUAAUUUGGUUGGCCAAUUUGCAAAGCUUUCUGGAUGCUAUGUAGUAGGUUGUGCUGGAAAUAAGAACAAGGUGGAUUUACUGAAAGAGAAACUUGGGUUUGAUGAAGCAUUCAACUACAAAGAAGAACCUGAUUUCAAGUUAGCAUUAAAAAGGUACUUUCCAGAUGGCAUUGACAUAUACUUCGACAAUGUGGGAGGGGAGAUGUUAGAAGCUGCAAUUGUAAAUAUGAAGCCGUUCGGAAGGGUGGCCUUGUGUGGAGUGAUCUCUGAAUACACCUCUGCUGGACCCAGAGCAGCGCCCAAUAUGCUUGAUGUGAUCUAUAAGCGAAUCAAUAUUAAAGGGUUCUUGGCCUAUGAUUAUCUUCACAUAUACAAUGAGUUUAUAUCAACAACUCAGGACCAUCUCCGUCAUGAUAGGCUACAGGUUCUCGAAGACAUCUCACAGGGCAUUGAGAGUGUUCCAACCGCUUUCUCAGGUCUUUUUCGAGGUGAUAAUGUUGGAAAGAAGUCUGUCAAGAUUGGUAACGGUUGAAAAGAAACAGGAAUAUGUCACUGGUGUGCGCAUAGAAUAAAUUUCAGAUAUCUGAUGUUCAUGGGCAUUUUUCUUUUUCCUGCACAUUCAACAGUCAUGGUUAGCAAAACUGAUUUGCAUGGCAUUGUAACGCAUGACAAAAUGGACUGCUUCAUUCAA